UGCACUGAAUUAGGAUUUUUAGGGCAUCAAAACCCCAUUGUCCAGUUCCUCGCUACACUGUUUGGUAACUUGAGAGGAGGGAGAGAGAGAGAGAGGUAGAAGUUAUGGCGGAUGCUAAUGCGGGCACGGGGGCCGAGGUUCCUCCAAACAUGACCAUAUAUAUCAACAACCUCAACGAGAAAAUCAAAAUUGACGAGUUGAAGAAAUCGCUGCACGCAGUGUUCUCCCAGUUCGGGAAGAUACUGGAGGUGUUGGCAUUUAAGAGACUGAAGCAUAAAGGGCAGGCUUGGGUUGUUUUUGAGGACGUUAGUGCUGCAACCAAUGCGAUUAGGCAAAUGCAGGGCUUCCCCUUCUAUGACAAGCCUAUGAAAUUACAGUUUGCAAAAACUAAGUCAGACAUCAUAGCAAAGGCUGAUGGCACUUUUGUCCCUCGAGAAAAACGAAAGAAGCAUGAAGAUAGGGGUAAAAAGAAAAAGGAGCAGCAUGAUAAUCAAGCAGGAGUGGGUGUAAACCCAGCUUAUGCUGGUGCCUAUGGUGGAAUGCCUCCUCUAUCACAGAUUCCUUACCCCGGCGGUGCAAAAUCCAUGGUCCCUGAGGCUCCAGCUCCACCAAAUAACAUACUGUUUAUCCAGAAUCUUCCUCACGAGACAACUCCAUUGAUGCUGCAAAUGCUGUUCUGCCAGUAUCCUGGCUUCAAGGAGGUUAGAAUGGUGGAAGCGAAACCGGGAAUUGCUUUUGUAGAGUAUGAAAAUGAGAUGCAAUCAACUGUAGCAAUGCAGGCACUCCAAGGUUUUAAAAUUAACCAGCAGUGCCCUCCAAUGUUAAUAACCUAUGCCAAGAAAUAGAUAGACAUUUUUGGUUUUGCGAUUCAAGCAAGAAGGUGGCUGUAGUUGAGGAUUGUCAGUUAAAGCCGUGCACCGCUUUGUUGCUUCUUGGUGUAUCUAUCUGUUCUGUAGGAGGUUUGAACUGCUAAUGCAUCCUCGUAGCUAGGAUGCUUUUCUUGGCUGUGUGACUUUCCGAUCAUUUGGUUUAUAGUACAAUUUGUAGUGCUGUGAAUCUUUUAAGAUUUGAUAGAUUUCUUAUAUUAUUGUGUAAGGAGAAUUAAUUUUCCAAAUUUGGCCUUGUGUAAACUCAAACCAAAUGGACUGCA